CCGGCGGAGCGGCGCUGAGCGGAGCGGAGCGGAGGCGGCCACCCGGCCCCGCGUAACGCCGCGUAUCCGUGACGGGGUCCGCGGGUGCGGCGGCGGCGCCGGGGGAGAUCCGCGCCCGGGAGAGGCGAUGAGCGGCGGCCCGGAGGAGCUGCAGGAGCGGCUGCGGGAGGCGGCGGCGCUCGGGGACGCCGAGGAGGUGCGGCGGCUGCUGGCGGCGGGGGCGGACAUCAACUCCCGCAACGAGAUCGACGGCUGGACCUGCCUGCACUGGGCCUGCAAGCGGAGCCACGCGCCGGUGGUGGCGCUGCUGCUGGACGCGGGCGCCGACCGCCGCAUCCCCACGGGCGCGGGGCAGCUGGCCGAGCAGCUGACGGCCAAACCGCACAUCCGCAGGAUUCUGGGAGUCACAGAAGAAGAAAAGGACUGUCAAGCAGUGAGUGCUGUGACCCCCCCAGCUGCUGCCAGCUGUCCGGCCGCCCCGCCAUUCCCUCACAGCUGUCCAGAUGAAAGCCCCCCGCACAGCUCAGCAGAAUCUCCGAAUGAAAGCACUUCCAUCUCUCCAGCUUCCCAGAGCGAAAUCAGUCCUUGUUCCUCAGCAGCUCAGGUUGAAAGCGUGUGUGCAUCCACACCGUGCUCCAGUGAGGACAACCUUCCUGCUGCAGCACAGCUGCCCAUCCCGCCGGCUGUGCCCUCAGCUGCAGAAUGCACAGAGCUGGGGCUACAGAGCAGCUCCUGCCAGCCCCCAGCACACAGCUCUGCUCUGUCUGUGCCGGCAGCACCCAGCCAGGCUGUGCCGCUGAGCGGCCGCCCACCGCCUGGGCCUGCGCCUGCAUUUCAGCCCUUCUUCUUUACUGGAACUUUCCCAUACAACGUGCAAGAACUUGUGCUUAAGGUGAGAGUGCAGAACCUCAGAGACGACGACUUCAUUGAAAUUGAACUGGACAGACAGGAGCUGACGUACCAAGAUCUGCUCAGAGUGAGCUGCUGUGAGCUGGGCGUUAAUCCUCAGCACGUAGAGAGGAUCAGGAAGCUACCAAACACAGUGCUGAGAAAGGACAAGGAUGUUGCCAGGCUGCAGGACUUCCAAGAGCUGGAGUUGGUUCUUGUGAAAAGCAACAGCUCUCCCUUCAGAAAUGCUGCAUCAGCUUUGACUGAGAGACCGUGCUACAACAGCAGAGCCUCAAAGCUGACCUACUGAGUGCCAGCUGCAGCAGGAGCCUGGAAGCACAACAGUCAUACACUGCUGCCUUUUGGGGGCAGUGAAUGGGCAUCUGUGAAACCUUAAGUUAUUGUUAGGGCUAAUAUUUUAACUAAUAAUCUGUCUUUGGUAUUUAAUAUUCCCCUUUAUUUUUUUUACUUGAUACUAUAUUCAGAUAAUUCAGGAUACCUCAUUUGUAUACUAAGAUCACAUGCUUCCAAUGCAGUUAAGUUCUUCAGUUGUAUGUAGCAACAGAGGGCAGCAAAGAAAUUCUGCAGAGUACUCCCACUUCUUGAACCAAGCAGGAGCUAUGGAAAAGACAAUCAAGCAACAGCAGUGUGCAUAUGCACAUGUGUGUAUGUAUGUAAAAAACUUCCUGAUUAAGUUAAAUUGCAGAGUGUAUUUGGCACCCAGCCAGCAGCUGCUCUCUAAAAGCAGAGGAUGUGCAAUUUCUUAAUCUCUUCUCCCUUCACAAAGCUUAACCAAGAUGUGACUGUUACUCAUUUUUCCUCUUUUCCACAGAAUUUUAAGUGCGUGUAUUGAAUACCACUUAAAUACCAAACUGUUUUUGUUUUCAUUUGAGAAACAACUUUCAUAUCCACGUUCAGGCCCAGGACUGCAGUGCAGGAGCAACAUGGACAGUACCACGUUUAGGAAACAGGACCAAGCAGCAGGCACUGCUUUGGGAAUUGUACCAACCAGCCCGAGGCACCUGCACUCCAAACACAACUGCACCUCAACAGUAGCACAGUUUUUUAAGGCUUUCCUUGCCCCAGUCUGCUGCAGUGCAGACCCUGCUGCCUUUAGACAAAGCUGGCACAUAGCUGGCAGCACAAUGCCCUGCAC